AAGGCAUUUUUAAUGGAAACUUCAUUCAAGGGCAGAACUAACACUAAGCGCUAAACGGAAACUGCCUUAUGAAAAAACUUUUAAAAUUGACGCGCUGUUUUAAAGGCCUCACUGGAUCUGGAUGGGGUUAAAUACAAACGUAAGCGAAACACUAAAUAAAAUUCUCACAGAGCCACAGCCUAAAAAGGCUAAGCUGCUCUGUUGAAUCAGGAAGGCCAAACGUCUUGUCUUAAUGCUGGUCAGAGAUUCAAACAAUAUCUAAAAGCCAGUUUUUAGUUCCCUCUGAGACACCCGGAGAAUAAAAUUCUCACAGAGCCACAGCCUAAAAAGGCUAAGCUGCUCUGUUGCAUCAGGAAGGCCAAACUUUUUUUCUUAAUGCUGGACAAAGAUUCAAACAAUAUCUAAAAGCCAGUUUUUAGUUCCCUCUGAGACACCCGGAGAAUAAAAUUCUCACAGAGCCACAGCCUAAAAAGGCUAAGCUGCUCUGUUGCAUCAGGAAGGCCAAACUUUUUUUCUUAAUGCUGGGCAGAGAUUCAAACAAUAUCUAAAAGCCAGUUUUUAGUUCCCUCUGAGACACCCGGAGAAUAAAAUUCUCACAGAGCCACAGCCUAAAAAGGCUAAGCUGCUCUGUUGCAUCAGGAAGGCCAAACUGUUUUACUUAAUGUGGGGCAUGCACUAUCAUCUUAACAGAUCUAAUCAGUGCAAAAUUAAAUAAAGCUUUAAUCUGUAAAUCAAUUUUUGGUUUAUGAAAUUUUACUCACUUUUACCGACUGUUGAUAGCCACUGGCUUUCGCAAAAUAAAUUUUCCUGUUUUCUUAAAAGGGAUUCGAUAAAAUUGAAAAUAUCUACUACGAUCCACACUUAAAAACUGAACUCUGACUCGUUCGCGAUCAGGCUUAAUAUAAGAAAUAGUGAUCUCCAUCAACAUUCUCCAUGAACAUUACACUUUCACAUCAUUAGCAGUUAUUGAGAAUUUACGAAAUGAUCGAGUGAUCAGUGUCGACCUUAAAACGUUUUUGCGCCAAAAUGAUAAUAGGUAUCCAUUUAAGAUGAUACAAAGGAACCCAAAAUAGACUUACCAAGUUUCGGCCGAUGUUUAGAAAAUUGAAAAGGGCUGAAGAGCAUCACCGUUCAGGCUAAAUCCAGUCAGCGACCCUUAAUAAAAAUCAUUUAAGCUUACACAAUCAACAACGACGUGAAUGGCCGAGUUUCUGAUAUUGCUUCUCGAAUGAAUCCCUCAUUUUAAUUUCCCCAAUUCAUUAAUCCACGACUAAGUACCUUUUCGAGAUCUUCUCCGCACGACGAAACGCUUUCUCUGACUUCUCUGACCGCUUCCCGCUAUAUUUUCUAGUAGCUGCAAUUUAGUCCUUCUUUGAUCGCUUUAAACCCGCUUUCGUCUGCAUUUCAUCGGCGCAAGUUAAAGGCUCGUGCUAAGGUUGAAACGACAACAACUUGAUCUUUCCUCUUUGAGAAACCAAACCCUGAUGGGUUGACUCGAGCGUCAGUACUAUCUGUACCAUCGACCAAAUCAUAAAUAGCUAUAAAUAAUCGGCCCUGCUACUUCCAAACAUCAUCUCUACAUAAAAAGCAUAAAAUUUUGACUUGCCAUGAAUUAUAUCUGUCGGUAAAACCAUUUGGUCACUGAUACUGCGUACGAGAUUACCUUUGUUUGGCAAGCGAGGGUCCAAAGACUGAAGAUGCUUUUCCCGACGAAAGCGCCACUUUCAUGCCGGCUUUGAAAUUCGCGCGAGAUCGCAUUGUGAUACAAAAUAAUAGUAUCUGUCUUUCGUCUCAGCUCGUCUUCCAUCAGUGACGCAAAGUACACAAGUCAUGACAGAUUAGUGGCUAUUAAUCGAAUCCUAAUUAGGUUUUUACAAGGACACCGGAAAUUGAAACUUCCUCCCUGUGGUGAAUUUCAAAGUCGUAUGAAUCUCGUCAUGCUUUAACAAAAUUUCAGGAAAAGUACUUAUAUCGACCGAAGCUAACGUGAAUCCGGUUGCAAUGUAAGUAUUUUUAUAAGUAGAUAGGUAACAAAAAAGCUUAAUGGACUUUUAAACUUGGCGACAACCCACUAAAACCCGCGUUUUUCCCGCCACUUCUUUGUGCAAUACGCGUGCGAAAACGUUCCCUGGAUACCCCUGCGAAUCUGGUUUUGUAUAGGUUGAUUUUUCCCGUGUCCAUCCCUGCCGAGGAGGAUUUUGAACGUGUGACGUGGCUACACGCCAUCGGUAGGUCACUUUGCAGAAGACCGGUGUUACGGACGCGGCAAGUUCAAAUUAUUUAGCGAUAUUUCUCGCCCUCUUGAGGUCAUUGCUUGAUGUUUGGAACUAAAUUGAAAUUUUCGAGAAAGGAAAAUCAAGAUUCUGUGCUCAAGCGAAGUUUGGGAGCGAUUGGAGUGGAAUGAAGGUAAUUUUUGUAGCUUUUUCUUCUGGCAGCGUAGUACGGUCGAGUUUUCCCUUGUACUUUUCUUAAUAGUUGAGAAACCAAAACAUUAAAACUUGCUAAAAUGGCGUUUAUAGGGCAGGAAACAGUAAGAAAACAACAAAGACACAACUUUUUAUGACGUAUGUAUACUUUGAUAGCUGUUUUUGUACAUUUUAACCGUUUUAUCGAUCUUAAGAUAAAUUUCCAUACAAAUCCUUAUAAUUUGGCUUCCAGUAUGCUGUUGUGAUUCUGGGCUCCCUGUGUGCUGACGGGCUUCGUUACGUGGAGUUUUCCACCGAGCGCCAAACAAAAACGAGAACUGGUGAAAACACAAGAAAUGUCAGAGAAAGCAAGCCAAAGAUGUUCGAAAACCUUGACAAUAAUGAUCGAUUUCCUGUCACAGCCUAUUUGGCCUAUAAGCAACAUAGACCACCAGAAAUGAUGGCAGACGACUCUCCGUUUUAUCUUGCUGUCAACACAGAAGUUCCGAAGGCAGGGAAGAAAUGGUUCAAGGCAGCUCCACUGGGAGUAAAUUCACUUAGAUCUAUGGUGAAAAACAUGUUAGCGGCCUCCCAAGUUCAUUCAGACAAGAAAUUGGUCAACCACAGUACAAGAAAGCAUCUAGUCCAGAAACUUGUGGAUAAUAAUAUUCCACCGAACGAAAUUGUGCAGAUAACUAGACACAAAAACGUCAAUUCACUGAAUAACUACUCCGCUAUAUCUGACAGAAGACAGCAGCACAUCUCUACAUUAUUAUCCAGGAGAGGGUAA